GGAGGUAUUCGUGCAAAAUGACUAUAAAAGCGAACUCGAUGAUUGCUAAGGCAUCAGUCCGUCAAAAUGGGUCCUGGCAAAAGCUUCAUUGUUACUGCGCUGCUUGUGUGUCUCGCUGUUGUAAAUGGAAGAAAUCUUAAACCAAAAUUUUCAUCAUUACUUCCUCCUGGAGAGACGUUCGUUUAUGAUUUCUAUGCCGAUUUCAAGGCAGGAGUGAUGGAGUCAACACCAUACGCUUCUCAGUAUUCACUCAAGGGACAUUUUUACAUCACUCAUCACAGCAGUGAACCAAAUAUUUAUAUUGUAGCUCUUAAAAAUGCUACCACUGGUCGCCACAAUGGUAGAGCUGCACAUUUUGAGAAGACUUCAUUCUACACGUCCAUCCCUGAUGUCGCCAAAAUUACUCAAGAGCCAUUUUUCAUUUUUCUCAGUCAAUCGGGAACGCUCAAAGGAGUCAAAGUUUCUAAAGACGAACCGGUCUGGUCUAAAAAUAUGAAGUUUGCAUGGGCUUCAAUGUUUCAAUUGAAUUGGGCGAAAAUUUCAUUUGAAUCACCCGAAAAAACUCAAAGUUUUAUAACUUCAGAGAAAACAAUCCACGGAGAUUGUCUGACAACCUACGAUGUUAAUCCCUUGUACCCACGUUUUAACCAGACUAAAACUUGGGUUGUUAAUAAAUUUUCAUCACCAAUGGAUUGCGCCAAAUAUAAAUCUCAUGAAUCAGAAUUUCUUAAUUCUCACACUUGUCCAACUCGUGAUGAGGUAAAUCAAUAA